GCCAUCUUGUUUAUAACGUCAACCGGCUUCUAAAUUUAUUUGAGAAACCGACUCAAUGGGUGCAGCCUUUAAUACAGAGAUUCCAGGUGGAGGGACAGAGGGCUACCAUGUUCUUAGUGUACAACCAUGAUCUCCUGGACAUUAGGCAGGGUUAGAGGCUUUCUUUGACUUCAUUGUUGCUAUUGGAAAUACAAGACUGAACCAAGAUGACGAUACGUUGACAAGUUUAUUGAGAGCAAAUAUUGAAAAAUGUAAAGUGAAAAUGGUUGUACAUAGCAGUAAAACACAAUCAGUUAGGGAAGCCACAAUUAUACCUAGUCAUAACUGGGGUGGUGAAGGAGUUAUUGGUGUUAGUAUCAGAUUCUGUUCAUUUGAAUGUGCCAAUGAGAAUGUUUGGCAUGUGUUAGAAGUUAAUCCGAAUUCACCAGCUGAUUUGGCAGGACUCAAACCUCAUACAGAUUAUAUCAUUGGUGCAGAUUCUGUAUUACAUGAGACAGAUGACUGAUUCACCUUGAUAGAAAACCAUGAAGGGAAGCCAUUGAGGUUAUAUGUGUACAACACAGACAGUGAUGUAUGUAGGGAAGUUACAAUAAUUAUUACACCUAAUAGAGCUUGGGGAGGUGAGGGAAGCCUCGGAUAUGGAUAUUUACACAGAAUACCUAAACGACAGUUUCCAAGUUCAAAUCCUCUAAAAUCAUUUAAUGAAGCAGUAAUAGUACCUAAUCCACAGAAAACACUUGAUGGCUUCGCUGAGGUAAAUUUAUCAAGUUCACCUUUACAAGGUACAGAUUUAACAGCUGGGAUAACAAAUAUAUCAUUAAAUACAGGAACACCAACAAUACCUGUAUUACCAACAUCUGUAGGAACAGCAGGUCAAAAUCAAGUGGGUGGGGGUACCGUUACAACCUUUCCCUAACUUUACAGCUAGUGGUGCAGCCAUUCCAUCAAAUUUUCCACUACCAACCCUGCCUAUUUUAGGGAAUAUGUCGAUGCCACCAUUAUCAACACCUAUCUCUAUAGUGGGGAUGCCGCCUGGG